ACCAAGAUGGCGGUACGCGUACCGCUGUCUUUAAAGAUGUCACCCUCAGCUUUACUGGGCUUUAAGUGUCUUUUAACAGAGCAAAAUCCCUCCAAAACGCUGCUGAAAUCUUUAACGGAGCUCUGCAGACGAGGUUACUCCGUGAAAGCCCAGCAGGCGGUGGAGGAGGGCGGCGUCAGCGCCGGCGGGUUCAGCGGGCCUUUGGAUCACUACAGCGGCCUGAUCCGAGACGGGACACUGCGGGAGGAUGAGCAUCAGAAAGCGGUGCUGCAGAAACUGGACGAUCUGCACAAAACACUCAGAGGAUACAGCAACACACCGACAUCCAUCUUCUCCAAGUUUUUCACAAAACCCAAACCUCCAAAAGGCUACUACAUCUAUGGUGAUGUUGGCACAGGAAAAACUAUGGUCAUGGACAUGUUUUAUUCAUAUGUGGAGACUGAAAAGAAAAAGAGGGUUCAUUUCCACGGCUUUAUGUUGGACGUGCAUAAAAGGAUCCAUCGGCUAAAACAGAGUAUGCCAAAGAGGAAAGCGGGAAAAAUGGCCAAAUCCUAUGACCCCAUUGCUCCAGUUGCUGAGGAGAUCAGUGAAGAGGCUUGUCUUCUAUGCUUUGAUGAGUUUCAGGUCACUGAUAUCGCUGAUGCCAUGAUUCUUAAGCAGCUUUUUGAGAAUCUGUUUCUGAAUGGAGUUGUUGUUGUGGCCACUUCUAAUCGUCCGCCUGAAGACUUGUACAAAAACGGACUGCAGAGAGUCAACUUUGUGCCUUUUAUCGCCGUGUUGCAGAAUUAUUGCCAAACUCUUCCUCUGGAUUCUGGGAUAGAUUACCGCAGAAGGAACAGACCCUCUGCUGGAAAACUCUACUUUCUCUCCAGUGAACCUGAUGUAGAAGCGACACUAGACAAGAUGUUUGAUGAGCUGGCUUUUAAACAGAAUGACAUAACACGACCAAGAGUUCUGAAUGUUCACAACAGAAAAGUCCGUCUGAACAAAGCCUGUGGGGCCAUUGCAGACUGUACAUUUGAGGAGCUGUGUGACAGACCUUUAGGGGCCAGUGACUACCUGGAGAUAUCCAGGCUGUUUGACACCGUUUUUAUCCGACACAUUCCUCUGCUCACGCUGAACAAGAAAACUCAAGCCAGGCGGCUCAUAACGCUGGUGGAUGCCCUCUACGACCACAAGGUGCGGGUGGUGAUUCUUGCAGACCACCCUCUCGAGGAUAUUUUUAUGCACGACGGGGAUCACAGUCACGACGAGAGCCACAUUCUGAUGGACGAUCUGGGGCUGAAAAGGGAAGAAGCCAGCAGUCUGUCCAUAUUCAGCGGAGAAGAGGAAAAAUUUGCCUUCCAGAGAACUGUGUCUCGACUCACAGAGAUGCAGACAGAGGAAUACUGGCUGGAAGGGGACAGAAGCACGAAAUCGCAGGUUUAACAUUUGGGAACAAUCGACCGUGUUACACAACGUCCAUACUUCAUACGCUGUACUCCUCUCUGCCAAAAACAGUCCAGACUGAACACCACUCCUACACAUCUUAUCUAGCACAAACCCAAUGGGACUGCUCAACAGUAUGUGUGCAAAUGUUGUACAGAGAAUAUUUAUUGAUAUCUUAAGGACUUUUAUCACUUUACUGCGACGUUGCACUUUAUGGAUAAUUUUUAAGAUGAACUUUAGGGUCUCUUAGUGCUUUUAACUCAAUAUCAUAUAGCGGUCCAACUGUAUUUUAUAAGUCUGUGGGAAAGAGCUGGACGGCUUUUGGAAAUGGAUUUCCAAUGGACUUUUAUGAAGAUUUAAGCGACAUUUUAAUGCAGCUCAAUGAGCUGAGUGUGAUUCUUACACAAGUCUAAAUACGGUGGCAGCGGAUUGGUCUGGGUAAUUGAAGCUGAGUGUUUAUAUCUGAUGAUUUAUGUGGAUGGUGCUUGUGAAAUUUCACAGAUGUACUGAACAAUAACAUUUGGCUGAAUGCGUCAGUAUUUUCAUUUGCAAGAUGAAAAGGAAACAUAAAACAUGCAUCACAGGAUGUGUUUUAAUUUACAUAUUCUGUAUUUUUAUGCAACUGUCUUCAGAAAUGAAACUAAUAAGGUUUUGGGUGUGGGCUGAUGUUUAACUGGUUGCCUAUUUACGUGAAUGUUUUAUUUAUUUAUUUUUUUUAAACAAUCAGUAUUUGCCCUACAAAUACAAAGACACGAAACUGUGUAGGAAGUGAAAGCGAGAAAAAAAAUCUUCAGAGUUUAUCUCCCAUACAAACAAAAGUGUUAUUAGUACAUACAGUUGGUGGUAUUUUAUUUACUGAAAUCUGAUGUUUAUUUUUGCAACCCUCUCCCCCCCCAAAAAAAACAGUGUGUUGUUUGAAUCAUAAAAUUCACGAUCUUUAAAUCUUGAAACCCCUACAAUCCACUUUGACACAAAAGUGACACAAAACAUUUGCCGCUGUUUGAGAAUGGAGGAUGUGCAUUUGUUCAGGUGUGAAUUUCAUUUGUUGAAAUCUUUUUUUUCCCUUUAAUGUUGAAAUGUACAACAUUCAGUCUCACACAGUCUGUGAGUGAGGUUAACAGUCACAUUACUCCUGAUCAGAAGCUAAAGCUAACAUGAUGACAAGAACAACUACCAACAAACAACAACCUGAAUAAUAUUUUUGAUAUUUGUAAAUAUCUAUACACACAGAGAGAGAAAUACAGAUCCUCUGAGACACUGUUGCAAUCCGUGAAGAAAAAAAACUGAUUAUUUUAGGUUUUUCUUUUUAUUGAUUAAAAUAAUCAGACAAUGGAAUCAUCUACAGAAAAUAGAACUGUACACUCAAUAAAACAGUCAUGUUUUUACUUUUCAUUGAUUGUUUUAUUGAGUGCUCAGUUCUAUUUUCUGUAAAUUUUAUCUUCCUACAUUCUGAGUCACAGCCUUCUCCACACCUCAGAGCAUAAUUCUAGGGGGGAGUACUAUUAAAUACCUCAGUUAUGUUUUUGUUUGUUUGUUUUUUUUUGUCUAAAAACACCAGAAUCUUCCUCCAGAACCAACUAUUUGUAGAAUGAACUCCAUUAAAGUCCGUUUAAACUAAAAUCAUUUUCAACAAAUGAAUAAUCACACUGAGGACUUAUCAUUUCUUAAGUAGAACUUUGAAAGACU